CGAUGAGAGAAGGGCCAAGUCGGUGCGCGCCAGCCAGCAGCGGUCUCUGCCAGGGGCAGACGGAUCGCUUUCAUGUCGCAGGGUGACUGCUAGCCCUGCGGAGGCUCCCUCGGCCGGGCCGGGCCGGGCCGGGCAGGCGGCGGGCAGGCAGCUGCCCCGCUGCCGGGGUGCGGCCGGCGCGCCCCGCGGGAUGCUGGCGGCGGGGGAUGCGGAGCCGGCCGCGGAAUAACAUGGGGGGCGGCCACUCCCACAGGGCGCCCGUCUUCGACGAGAAUGAGGACGUUAACUUUGACCACUUUCAAAUAUUGCGGGCUAUUGGGAAAGGGAGUUUUGGAAAGGUGUGCAUUGUACAGAAGAGAGAUACCAAGAAAAUGUAUGCCAUGAAGUAUAUGAACAAACAGAAAUGCAUUGAGAGAGAUGAAGUUCGCAAUGUUUUCCGGGAGCUGCAGAUAAUGCAAGGCCUGGAACAUCCCUUCCUAGUCAAUCUGUGGUACUCCUUUCAAGAUGAAGAGGACAUGUUCAUGGUGGUUGAUCUCUUACUGGGUGGUGACCUGCGUUACCAUUUGCAGCAGAACGUGCACUUCAGUGAAGGAACUGUGAAACUGUACAUUUGUGAGCUGGCUCUUUCCUUGGAUUAUUUGCAGAGAUACCACAUCAUUCACAGGGACAUCAAACCUGACAACAUACUACUGGAUGAACAUGGACACGUUCAUAUCACUGACUUUAAUGUAGCAACCAUAGUGAAAGGCUCAGAAAAAGCUUCUUCUAUGGCUGGCACAAAACCCUACAUGGCUCCAGAAGUGUUCCAGGCUUUUAUGGAUGGAGGUCCAGGAUACUCGUACCCAGUAGACUGGUGGUCUCUAGGAAUUACAGCCUAUGAAUUACUGAGGGGUUGGAGGCCCUAUGAAAUUCAUUCAGCCACCCCCAUCGAUGAGAUACUCAACAUGUUCAAGAUCGAAAGAGUUCACUACUCAUCCGCAUGGUGCAAGGGCAUGAUAGCACUACUGAAAAAGCUGCUCAUUAAGGACCCAGAGUGUCGCCUUUCAAGCCUUGCAGACAUCCAGAACUCUCCAUACCUAGCUGAUGUCAACUGGGAUGCUGUUCUAGAGAAAGCUGUGACCCCAGGCUUUGUUCCUAACAAAGGAAGACUGAACUGUGAUCCCACAUUUGAACUUGAAGAAAUGAUUUUGGAGUCCAAGCCUCUCCAUAAAAAGAAAAAGCGACUUGCCAAAAACAAAUCCAAAGAUGGAGCUAAGGAAACCUGCCCACUGAACGUACACCUGCAGCAGUGCUUGGAAACCGUUAGGAAAGAAUUCAUCAUAUUCAACAGAGAGAAAUUGAGAAGACAGCAGGAUCAAAGUGGACAGACUUCCAGCAUUGACAGCAGAGCAUCUCUUCAGAGCCACGAGAAGCUCCAAGACGGGCGGAACAACAAUUUGCUGGGACAUGGCUGCACCAGGGGCUGCAGCAGUUAG